ACUUCUUCUUGCUGUGUAGCGUGACGUGUACGCUGUGCGAAAAAUCAAGUUUUUAUUGCUUAAUUUCACAAUUUAAUUUCGUUUUUAAAAGAUUCCGAAACAGAUUUAAUAACAAUGGGUUCAUUUCGCCGCGAGAAGGAUGAAGAAGAGGACGGUCCGACGAACGCGUACCAGAAUCUGGAGAAGACCUCGGUGCUGCAGGAGACGCGCACCUUCAAUGAGACGCCGGUGAAUGCACGAAAAUGCAUUCAUAUUCUGACCAAGAUCCUCUACCUGAUCAAUCAGGGGGAGCAGCUGGUGGCGCGCGAGGCGACCGAUUGCUUCUUUGCCAUGACCAAACUGUUCCAAUCCAAGGACAUUGUGCUGCGUCGCAUGGUAUAUUUGGGCAUCAAGGAGCUGAGCUCCAUUGCCGAGGACGUGAUCAUUGUCACGAGUUCCCUAACCAAGGACAUGACCGGCAAAGAGGAUCUUUAUCGUGCCGCCGCCAUACGCGCCCUUUGCAGCAUAACCGAUCCCACCAUGCUGCAGGCUGUUGAGCGUUACAUGAAGCAGUGCAUCGUGGACAAGAAUGCUGCCGUCUCGUGUGCGGCUCUGGUCAGCUCCUUGCGUCUGGCCAGCACCGCCGGCGAUGUCGUCAAGCGUUGGGCAAACGAGGCCCAGGAGGCCAUGAAUAGCGACAAUAUUAUGGUCCAAUAUCAUGCUCUCGGCCUGCUCUAUCAUAUCCGCAAAUCGGAUCGAUUGGCCGUCUCCAAGUUGGUCAACAAAUUGACUCGCGGCUCGCUCAAGAGUCCCUACGCCGUUUGCAUGCUGAUUCGCAUUGCUUGCAAACUGAUCGAGGAGGAGGAUCUGCCGGCCGAGGAGCUGUCAGACUCACCAUUAUACACGUUCAUUGAGACGUGUCUGCGUCACAAGAGUGAAAUGGUCAUCUAUGAAGCCGCACACGCCAUUGUCAAUAUAAAGAACACAAAUCCACGCAUGCUCUCGCCAGCCUUUUCCAUAUUGCAACUGUUUUGUGGAUCGCCAAAGGCAACGCUUCGCUUCGCCGCUGUGCGUACGCUCAACAAGGUGGCCAUGACGCAUCCGGCUGCUGUGACCACAUGCAAUUUAGAUUUGGAGGGUCUAAUCACCGAUUCGAAUCGUUCGGUAGCCACAUUGGCCAUAACCACACUACUCAAAACGGGCGCUGAAUCGUCCGUGGAGCGUCUGAUGAAGCAGAUCUCCACAUUUGUCGCCGAAAUCUCCGAUGAGUUCAAGGUGGUGGUGGUUCAGGCCAUUUGUGCCCUGUGCGCCAAAUAUCCGCGCAAGCACACCGUCCUCAUGAACUUCCUCAGUGGCAUGCUGCGCGAGGAGGGUGGCCUGGAGUACAAGACAUCCAUUGUCGAUACCAUUAUAACGAUAAUCGAGGAGAAUGCGGAUGCCAAGGAGUCGGGUCUGUCGCAUCUGUGUGAGUUCAUUGAGGAUUGCGAGCAUGUCUCGCUGGCCGUGCGGAUCCUGCAUCUGCUGGGCAAGGAGGGUCCAUUUGCGGCCACGCCUUCCAAAUACAUACGCUUCAUUUACAAUCGUGUUAUCUUGGAGAGCCCGAUUGUACGCGCUGCAGCGGUCACUGCGUUGGCCCAGUUUGGCGCCUCGUGCCCCGCACUACUUGCCAAUAUUCUUGUGCUGCUCGGACGCUGCCAGAUGGAUCCCGAUGAUGAGGUGCGUGAUCGUGCCACCUAUUACCUAACCAUACUUAAUACCGCCAAACCGGAGCUCUAUAAGAACUACAUUAUCGAGCGGGAGAAUUGCUCACUGGCGCUGCUCGAGAAGGCACUGUCGGAUCACUUGAACGGUGAUCUGCAGACUCACUUUGACAUUUCCGUUGUGCCCAAGGCGGCCAUUGUUAAGCACGAGAUCAGCAACGAUAUCAUGAUGGUCACAAGCGCACCACGUGCACCGAAAAUUACACGAGAAGAGGAGAGCGCCGCCCGAUUGGCUCAGCUGCCGGGCAUCCAGGUGUUGGGACCCAUACAUCGCAGCACUGCACCCAUACAGCUGACCGAGAGCGAGACGGAGUACACGGUGCAGUGCAUCAAGCAUAUAUUCGCACAACAUGUUGUUUUCCAAUUUGAUUGCCUUAACACGCUCUCCGAGCAGUUCCUGGAGAAUGUGCGCGUCGAACUCACGCUACCCGAGGGCUAUACGACGCGUGCCAUCAUUCCGUGUCCCAAACUGGCAUACAACGAAUUGCAGACAACAUUCGUGAUUGUCGAGUUCCCGCCAGAUCCCAGUAGUUCGAUAGCUACAUUUGGCGCCACUUUGCGUUUCGUGGUCAAAGACUGCGAUCCGGUUACGGGCGAGCCAGACUCGGAUGAGGGCUACGAUGAUGAGUAUAUGCUGGAGGAUUUAGAGAUCACAGUCGCCGACCAAAUACAAAAAAUAAAAAAGAACAAUUUCCAAGUGGCCUGGGAUGCCGCCGACAGCGAGGGCAAGUUCUCAUAUCAGAUAAUACCUUCCAUCCACAUAAUAAUCAUUUAUAUAAUUUGCUUACAGAAUGGCUGCAAGCCGAGGACACGUUUGUACUAUCAGCCGUUAACAAUUUGCAGGAUGCUGUCAACACCAUUAUUAAAAUACUGGGCCUGGGCGCAGCGAACCUUUCUGAAAAAGUGCCAGAGGGCACGCAUCUGCACACUGUUCACUGCUCAGGCACAUUCCGAGGCGGCGUCGAGGUGCUGGUGCGUGCUAAACUGGCGCUCUCCGAGGGCGUUACACUAAAUCUGACAGUGCGUAGCACGGAUCAGGAUGUGGCCGAGCUCAUAACGGCAGCCAUCGGAUAAGAUUGCGAGCCAUGCAGAGAUCUCGUUGGGUUUCUGCGUGCCAUGAAUAUGAUAUGAUAAAAAAUAAACUAUAUAUAAAUCUAAAACUUAAAUGUAAUAAAAAAAUAUAUAAUGUUGUAGCUUUAAGUGAUGUUUCCCCUCCCCUCCUGUAAUAUUUGCAAUUCUGCCAAGAUUCAUUUUUAUGAUCACCUGUUGCGCGACAUCAUAAAUUUGGAUCGAUGAAAUCUUUGAUUUAGAGCAGUUGUCCGGGCUUUGAAAGGGUAUUAUAUUGUUACAGCCACAAGUAUAUGUCGGUUUUAGUCUGAGUGAGUUUACCUUAUGUAUUCCAAACCAAAAUUUAAAUACACACAAAUAUGCAAUAAUAACUAAGAUACCGAGUGUUGAAGUUUAGACAAACUACAAGUUUGAUUUGUAGCUGAACCAACUUUCUCUAGCUACUUGGCUAAGUGCGAACGGAGAUUUGAUUAAAUACCUAUUCGAAAUCCAA